GCCAAAUGUCUCACCCGCUUUCUUACCCCUGGCAAGCGGGGUUCGGCGGACUCGUCCUCUCUUCCCUGGACAUCCUGGCUCAAGCUGCUUUGUAUAGCGUGAGGUCUUCGCUGUCAGACGAGGCUUUUCAACAGGCGAAGGUCAGUCCUUUAGAAACAAUGCAGGUGAUCGGUCAGCUUCUGCUGCUGCUGCUCGGCGUUGCCCAGGCCACGAGCGUUAGUGCCCCAAUCGGCAAGGUGCUAGAGCUGAUGUCGAAGAUAGAGGCGUCGAUUGUCCAUGAGACGGAGGAGGCUGCCAAGCUCAAGGCGGAAAAGGACACCUGGUGCAAGGAUACGGCAGUGAACCUUGGAUUUGAGAUCAAGACGGGGACGAGCGACGUCGCCGAACUCGAGGCCAAGAUCGCGAAGGAGAUCGCGUCCAUCAGCUCCCUCACGGAGAAGACCGAGGAGCUCGCAGGCCAGAUCGCGAAGGACGACAAGGACCUCCAGUCGGCCACGAAGAUUCGCGCCGAGGAGGGGUCGGCGGACUUCGAGGCCGAGGAGAAGGAGCUGGCAGCGACGAUCGACACGCUCCGGCGAGCCAUCGCGGUGCUGGAGAGGGAGUUGGCCAAGUCGGGCGGCGCCGCCCUGGUGCAGGUCCAGAGUGCCGGCACCGUGGUGCAGGCGCUCGAGGUGAUGGUCAAGGCGGCCAUGUUCAGCCAGGCGGACGCCUCGAGGCUCACCGCCUUCGUGCAGAGCACGCACCAGGCCAGCGACGGCGACGCCGGCGCCCCGGACGCGGCCGUGUACGAGAGCAAGUCCGGCAGCAUCGUGGACGUGCUCGGGGACCUGCUCGACAAGGCGGAGUCCUCGUUGUCGGAUGCCCGCGCCAAGGAGAGCAAGGCCCAGCAGGCCUUCGAGCUCCUCAAGCAGUCCCUCGAAGACAGCAUCGCCUUCGGCACCAAGGACAUGGAGGCGGCGAAGACGUCGAUGGCCAAGGCUGGAGAAUCAAAGUCUGCGGCGGAGGGUUCGCUGGCUGACGUGUCGAAGGACCUCGCAGAGGACAAGGCGAUGCUCGAGGACGUCAACAAAGACUGCGCCACGUACGUGGAGGAGUACGAGGCCUCGGCGAAGAGCAGGGCAGAAGAGCUCGCAGUGGUCAGGAAGGCCAAAGCGAUCAUCGAAGAGACCACCGGAGGCGCCGCGGCCCUCGCCCUGUCGCAGACCUCGGCGCCGUCCUUCCUGCAGGUGGUCCGUGCUCGCCGCUCCGCUCACGACUCCGCGAGUGCCGUCCGCUUCGUGCGCGAGCUGGCGCGCAAGAGGAAGUCCCCUGCGCUGGCGCAGCUUGUCUCGCGCUUGGCCUCGGCGGUGCGCCUGGGCGCGCGCGACGGCGAGGACCCGUUCGAGAAGGUCCGCGGGCUGAUCACGGAGAUGAUCGCGAAGCUGGAGAAGGAUUCCACCCAGGACGCCGAGCAGAAGGCGUAUUGCGACAAGGAGAUGAAGGACGCGGAGGCGAAGAAGGCGGAGAAGGGUGACGCGGUGGGGACACUGUCCACCAAGAUCGACCAGAUGGCCGCCAACUCCGCCAAGCUGAAGGACAGCGUCGCCACUCUCGAGAGCGAGCUGGCCGAGUUGGCAGCGACGCAGUCCGCGAUGGACAAGAUGCGCAAGGAGGAGAGCGAGCUGUUCGCAGAGCAGGAGAAGUCCCUCAAGGACGGCAUCAGCGGCGUUGAGGCCGCCCUGAAGAUUCUCAAGGAGUACUACGCAACAGAAGAAAAGGCCCACGACGCUAAGGACGGUGCGGCCGGCGGCAUCAUUGCCAUGCUUGAGGUGUGCCUCUCCGACUUCACCAAAGGCCUCGCCGAUAUCACUGCCACGGAGGACAGCGCGCAGUCUGACUACGAAAAAACCACCCAGGACAACAAGGUGGCGAAGGUCGCGAAGGAGCAGUCGGUGAAGUACGAGACCAAGGAGGCCGCGGAGCUGGACAAGGCCAUCUCUGAGGCCGCGGCGGAGCGGGCCACCACGCAGUCCGAGCUGGAUGCCGUGCUCGAGUACCUCGAGAAGCUCAAGGACAUGUGCAUCGCCAAGCCCGAGACGUACGCGGACAGGGCCGACCGCAGGGCUGCAGAGAUAGAGGGGCUCAAGCAAGCCUUGGAGAUCCUCGGCUGAGCGCAGAGCACCCCUCCUGCUCCUUGCUGUAGAGGACAGUGAGAAGGAUUGCUAGUGCUGGUGAGACGCCCUUUCCUUGUAUUCGCUUCGCGGAACGAGGUGUAUCCUCAGGAUCUUCUCUGAAGUGCUGGUCGAACUCUGACCCCCAUCCCCGGCCUCGAGAUUCUGCAAUGACCCCGGCCCGUCUCUGUCAACCGUGAGUGAAGAAUUUGUGCAUAUAUUCUUCUGACUCUCUCACCAGAGCUGGUCUGGCGGAAGG